GGCCCGUAUCUGUAGAUUCACAACUUUUUAGGCAUUUUUAGUCUUUUUACCGCAAUUGAAAAGAUCACCAUUUGCUGGAAAGCACGAUCCGGCCUUCGUAGAGCCGGUUCCAGCAAGAAUAUGUCCAUAUACGGCUAAUUGAUAUUACUGAUACCUCGUUGAAACUGAAACACCAAAUAUCCCAUGUUGCCAAAUGCGAACCCAUACGAAGAGAUGCAAAGACUAAAGGUAACUUGGUAGAUGUAAAAAAUCUCAUAUUAAGGCUAACGUGAAUCUAAAGAUCAGGUACAAAGUCGACCGAGAAUAUACGAGAAAAAGACAAGACCAAGUAACAAGGACCUUCUUCAACUCAAAGACAAGAAAUUUGAAAGUUUAAAAAUAGUUGAAAUAUGAUACGAAGCACGUCAGCACUCGUUUAAGUUUUGAGGUGACACCUUCUCGGUUCUGUCAAGUCAUAGGUUUCGUGUUUGGCAAUUCCCUAUUAAAAACGGAAGGUCAUAACUCGGAAGGACAAUAUUUGUCAAGGCUCAACUCUUAUUGUGCCCACGCUAGAGUAACGACGUAAAUACAUGCAAAAUAACAGGGAUGCUACGUAUGGAUGCUACGUAUGCAAAUUAGCACAGAUUCAGCGACGGCUCUCUGAUUUGAUCUUGAAAAGCAAUUAGGAAAUAACAUAAUAAACACGGUCAAUCUUCAAGCGAGUGUAUUGGUGGUUUCGCUAUGGCUUUUAUAGGGAAAGCGGGACGCGUUGCUGAUGCGGUAAAGAGAAGUCCUAAAGUACUUCGAAAAAAGAUAGAAAGAAAAUUUGGUAGUCAUGAAAGUAAGUAAUGUUUUGGUGUUUGAAACUGAUACUCGAUCUUGCGUAUGAUUUUAAUACCGACACAAGUCGAGAGCUACUGAUUUAUAUUGAGAUCCAAUUUUCAUUAAGCUUUCUUAAAUAUUUCUGUUCACGUGAAACUUAUACACAGUCAAUGUAAUAAACUUUGUGAUUUAGUGUUAUAGGGGUAGAUUAGAUAGGUUAUGACUUAUGUGUGUGUCGAGACUUAGCUGGGAUUCAAGUCCUUAAGCAAAUAUUCCCAUUGUGUGAAUCUUGUUUGAAGUGUUUGAAUAUCUGAUCGAUCGUGGUUAGAGAAAGAGAUGGAAUUUCAAUGUAAAAAUUAGUUAGAUCGUAGGCAACAAUGAUUCAUGUUACAUUUUGAAUUAAUUGAGACAUUUUGUAACAAGUUUGAUCACGUUAAUUUGAGGACCCACAUGUAUUUAAAUACGAAGGAUAAUCUUUCGCAAUACUAAUAGAUCGCAUGUGUUCGACCAAAGAGCAAAUAGCUAGGAUUUUCCAAAAUAUUGAUGGAAUUGUAUAAUAUUGUAAACACUAUAAAUUGGUCACGCAAAAAAUCCUAACUUGGUCUAAAGGUCAUGAGGUAUAAUGCCUGAGAGCAAGGCUAUGAUGGCAAUCACACUUGAGAGAUCAUCAUUGAUGGGGGGUCCACCUGGGGGUCCCUUAUUAUAUGGACUCUUUUGUAUUGCUAAUAUUUCAGUAGGUAAUUUAGUUAAGAUAUUGAAGUUAAUAUAAAUUGCCAAGAUACCAUAACAAUGAUGUACUAAUGUCUGGCUAAAUCAAGCUCCUGAUAUUUGCAAAUCUAAUCUGAUUCAUUUAGAUAGAUUAAUAUAAAUCACAGAUUGUGGAUUAACCUUUAAUAUAAUGAUAUUUGCAGCUUUACGAGAGGACUGGUUGCAUGAAAAUGAGGCAUUGGUUGACGGAAUUUCAUUUUAUGUUAAGGUAUUUAAUCAUGCUUUUAAUUGUUGAAUAUUCGUAUAGCAGUGCACAUUUUACAGGGCGGGGGGGGGGGGACCAAGAUUAGGACCCAGUGUGUGUUUAAGUCACUCAGGGUAAGGUUAGUGCCCCAAUCUCAGCCACUACUAGUGGGGCCUGCUGGGUCAAAUGCCCCCCCCCCCCCAAGUAUACAUGUUAAAAUAUGCCUUGAUGUAUAGUUGAGUCAUAAUUGUAUCACCCAAUAAUCAGCAAUGCAACUUAAUUUAGUUCUCAAGUGGAGAGUCUUGUAUAAUGAUAGUUACCAUGAAAUGUAAUGAUUUAUAUCUGAUAUAAUUUUCUUAGUAUUUGGGCUGUGCUCCUGCAGUGGACGCCCAAGGCCAGGGCGUGACGGAUGAAGCGGUCAAACGAUUGAUAGCAGAGGCAAAGGUAAUAUAAAAAUAACAGUCAAUACCUGUACAUAUACAAAUUAUGAGCAUUUAAUGUUCUUUACUGAAAUUUAUUUUUAAAGACAGAGCAAAAAAGCUGACCUCAAAAAUAUGCUUCUUUCUGCAGAUGAAGAAAUCGAAAGGAGAUAUGAAACUACAGAAGGUUGUUCUUACAAUUACGCCGCAAGAAAUCAGAAUAGUUGAUCUCACCACAAAAGUAAGUUGUUUUUAAAAAUAUAUGUCAGAGUAUCGUAUGUCCACCACUUUAAUUCCCUCAGAUAACAUCAUUGGGACUUCAAUUGAACAGGUUUUUUAAAAAUCUGGCCAAAACAAACCUUGUUUGGUUUGAACCAAAUUUUCCUGUCAAAACCAUCUCAAAGCUAAAACAUUUCUCAUUCCAUUUAAAAGUAAGAUCAAUCCAGGACCAGUCUUCCCCAAGGAAAUGUUGCAAAAACAUUAAUUCCUGCUCUAUUUCCCAAAUGUUCCCUCAACAAAAAUCACACUUGGAAAACAAAAUAUUCCAAGUGGAAUUUCGUGCAAGAACAUUUUCAGUUUCUCCACAAAGCAACAAUGUUCCCAAGCAUGGACAAAAAGAGAAACAUAUAAUAUGCCAUUCCUGAAAUAUGUCAUUUUGGCUACAGAGCCUCGUUUAAAUGCUUUCCAGAAGCAUGUAUUAGGAAACAUUGAAAUUUUUGCAAUGUUUCUGCAAUGUUUCCUAGUUUGCCAAAUAUAUUUUUCUUAAAACUUAUAAUUUGUUUUCUUCAGACACCAACAGAAGUAAUCCCAAUAUUCAGGUAUGCAAAAGUGAAAUAUUUUUGCGACCUUUUAUAUUUUUAAACUAACAAAUUAAAUUUGUUUAAAAGAAGAAAUAGUUCGUCCUAGCAAGGCAGUUGGUCCUUAAAUAGACCACUUUAGCCUAGCCACCAAACUAUAUAACUAUAGUCUUUUUUUUUCAAAUAAUUCCUUAAAUAAAUAAAAAAACAACUAUCAUAUAAUCACAUAAACAUCUCUGUAUUAUUUAUACAAACCUUCUUCCCAAUAAUUUACGACUUUUUUGUAGCAGAAUUGCCAUUCCAUUAGCUUCAGUUUAUUCAUUUUCCCCCUCCAGAUAAAAGACUGGCAUUCACAGCAACUUUGUAUGCUUUUCUUCUUCAUUUUGAACCAUAAAAACACAUUAAAUUUGUUCAUUUUGUUUGAUAGAAAGCAUUUUCUAGUUUCUAUAUUUUUUAAUUUUGCGAAGACGAACCUAUUGCGCUAGAGCAUAUCGAAAAGAGCGGGAAAACAAAACCCACCGCGCAAUUAAUGCAAUUUUGCCUCCCGACUCAAUCUCGUUCCCCGAGCCUGCGAUCCUCGGGAAGGAAUCGAAGGCUCUGGGAUAAUCCGUUACCGGAAGCCAAGAAUCAUGGCUAAGAUUGAACUACGCAUUCCAUAUCAAUGGCCAAUCAGAUUCCUCCCUGAAACGGAUUAUCCCAGAGCCUUCGGUUCCUUCCCGAGGAUCGCAGGCUUGGGGAACGAGAUUGCCUCCCGACUCUUCCAGUCCCUCAUUCGUUCGCGAUCACACCAGCCUAGUCCCUAGGCCUCUUAGUACGCCCUAUUGCGCGUUUCUGCAUAUUAAUGAGGUGACGGCUCCGCUCGGUGACGUCACGGAAAUCAAAAGCGUGCACAGAGGACUAGCGACUAGUCUGCGAUUACACGUUUUAUCGACGAGGCAGAUUUUGCCUAAGAUUGAUCUACAUUAAAAGAUUCUCCAAUGUAACAUAAAACAAAAUAUUGUAAUUCCAGGGUAUCGUAUUGCACGGCUGAUCCAAACUUUUCAAAAGUAUUUGCAUUUAAUGCAAGAGAAAAGCAAAGCCUUCAGAUCAGAUGUCGAGCAUUUCUAUGCAUGAAACCAAAAAUGGUAAGUGCCUUAUUUGCAAUGAUAACUUAUCUGUUCGGCCAAAAAAAUGCUCUUCCUAGAGGUCCAGAAAGACCCAUCGCUUAUUGGGACAGUGUUGCUACAGGAGGAAACAAAGAAUAACAGUUUGGUAGAGUCAAACUGGAAGCGCUCUUCUCACAUGUGGCUAAAGUUACAUUCACUAACAUACUGCAAUGACCCUGAAAAUCUGUUUUCUUUUACGAUAGGCAAAAGCGAUUGCUCUAACGGUCGCUCAAGCUUUCAACGUAGCAUUUGAGGCGUGGGAGGUAAGUGGUGAAAAACUCCACCUUUCUUUCAAUUUCUCUUCAAUCAUGUAGAAUGUGAUGAACACUUGUACAUUUUCACAGACUAUGAAAGAAGAAAAAAUUCAAAAGGCUGAAGGAACCAAAAUUGUUCCAGUAAUCCAAACUACCCCUCCUUCACCUCAUACGAAUGGCACUCCUGGAAAACUUAACGGUUCCCCUGUAUAUACUGGGAGAAGAGCGUCGGAACCUCUUAGUAAUGAUUUAUUAGCUCUUGAUGAUUCUGGCAGAAGUUCAUCAUUCUCGACUGCACCUUCAAUGCAAUUAACACCUCCGUCACCCAGGAGACCUUUAUCUUUGGUAAGACUAUCUUUACUAAUAUGCCGAUGAUUUGUAGAUGUUUUGUUUGGUUAUUUAAUCCUGUAAAUUUACCUUACAUUUUCUUCCCAGGUUAUUUCAUUCGAUAAUGAAUUCGACGAAGAGUUCACAAAGUAAGUUUUUAUGCACGUCUAAAAUUAUACGUUUUGGCUCGUUACGUUUGCGUUUUAUGCUCCGAACGCUUUCAAUUUGCAUUUUACGUUCAGAACGCGUUCGAAGUUGUAGGUUUGUGUCACUUUGUGUUUCUUGUUUCGAACGCGGUUCAAAUUGCGUUCCAUGUUCAGCACGCGUUUCAACUUUCAAAUUGGGAUACAAUAAAUACUGUCUUUCUCCUGUAGGCUUGCAAGGUCAAGAUCAAACCCACAUCUCUUGGACAUCGGCUUCGAGAAAGAGGAGAUUCAAAACGGGGACUGGGGUCCAUUGUUGGAUAUUACCCAAAGCGAGGACGAUCUCUUCAAAUCGAAGUCCUCCGAAGACUUAAACAAAUUCCAUAUUUAAAUUUAUGAUAAUAUAUUACGCUUUAGCAAAUUACGGGUACAUACGUAAAGGCAAUACAGUUUAGAACUGCAUAUCUAUUUUAUAUAUAACCAUGUAAGCUAAAUUAAUUAUAUAGAUAUAUUUAACAUGGUAUGGUUGAUAAAUAUACCCGGGUGCAUUUAAAAAGGAGGUAGGGAUUGUCACCCUAGUCAUUUGCGUAUGGGGGCACCCUCCUUGUUUUAGGGUGAAGACCUUGAUCCCUAAUGGGCGAGGAUUUGUCUCUUUCAAACAUAAACUUAAUAGUUAGGAGGAUUCCGUUUUGAAUUAUGAAUAUUUAUAUUGAGAAAACUAAUGAAGUUCUGUUACAUAAUAAAAAAAAUUAAAUCUCGACAUAGGUCAAAAUUUUAAAUCAAUAAACACAACACUGUUGGUUAUAUAUGUAUACUAUUCACUAACAUGACAAUACAAUAUAUUUUUUUACAACCUGCAUUCUUACUUUUUGUCCAUAUCAGUUAUCCACGAAGUCCAUCAUAUCUCAGUAACUCACUUGCGUGUAAAUACUGUUUUUAUCCUAAACUAUCAGCAUGCAUCGUAAUAAUACUUUCAUGUUAUCAGUAAGUGAUCCUCAGUGAUUAGGCUUCAAUAUAAAUAUAUGGAACCAAAGUUAGAAGGUGUUUUGGUUCACAAAAUGCUGAAGUGUGCUCGAUAUUAUAAAGAUAGAGCAGAUAUAAUUCUUACCUCAAAAAGUUGCCACAACAGAUUGUUUCAUUAUUAUGUUAUAUAGUUACCAGUUAAAGUUACGUUAUAUAGCCACCAUUAUGGCUGCACAAUUUAUUUAGACAAUUGUGGCAAGAUUUAUAGAUGUGUGAUCUACAGGAUUCAAAGUUAUAAGUUUAAUAAAUGUGCAAAUUAUUGGCUGAGAUUCCUGCCAUAUAGCGUAAAUAAUUCAAUACAUAAGUAAAUACAGCUAGAAACUAUUUUAAUAAACUCAAUAGACGUUCGACCAUCAGCUCAGUUAAAUCUCACCAACAUUGUCCUUGCCAUCUCAGAGCAUAUUCAAUGUUGUUGCAUGCUCAAUGUCAGAGUAUUUUUGAACGCGGUAUCUUCAUCUUGAUUCAAAUCCUACAA